AUGGUGCUCCGCAAACAGCCUCCACCUCGCCUUGAGAAUCUUCACAAAGGGAAUGCUUAUCCGGCCACUCGUUCCCCAACCUCUCCAACCUCAGCCUCCUCUCGCCGUCGGCCCUUAAACGGAAUUCCCUCCCAAGAGUCCAUCUACUCCCCCGACCUCAAUACCUCUCCAGCUUUCGAUCUAAUGCCACUGGAAGAAGCUCAGAGAUCUCCGGUAGGCUCGCCGACUACAUACCCACCAAAUUCCUGGACUGAAAACAGGGAGGAUCGAACCGUCCAUAUGAGACCCAACUCCGAAACAUAUCCUGAAGGCACAAUGCACAAAAUAGAACGAAUACCAGUAGCUCUUGAUACCCAGCAGCAACCUGUACUGGAGAGUCAUAGAGUACAGACUGGGGAUGUACCAGUACAAUUGCGGUCGAACAAUCCGUUCUUGAAGCCAAGGAAACCUGUACCUUCACAAGCCACGCCCGACCGGCCCGAUUGGAGUCGCGAUUCUAAUACGACGACAAUCAGUGAUCCUCUGAGCCAAACGGACGGAUAUAUCCCCAUGACAGCCAGACUAUCGCUACUAGAUGCAGAGGAGCAGGCAUCCUCAUGGGCAGAUCAGGAAAGAAGCAACUCGGAAUCUCACCGCGCGGUGCCGAGCGACUUACCUCGAGAUCAAUCCCCAUGGGGAUCGCAACAUUCAAUUGAGAUCUCAGCAGCUCAGGAAAUAUACAUACAAGGAGGACAAACCAAUCCAUAUACCCCCGCGGUAGUCAUACAGCCUUCUGAUUCAACCGAAGAUCACUACUCCUUACAACCGCCUUACUCGCAUGAUAGACUGGGCUCAGAUGCGGGUGCCCACUCUCCCUCUGUUUUUUCCAGUGCAACAUCGGCAACGUCGCAUGAAUUGAUCGACAUAGAUUCACAUGAAAAUGUUGGGGUGGAGACUGGAUCUCAAAAGGCAGCGUCCUCAAUUUACUCUGCCGAUGGGUUUCCACCCAAAUCAGAAAAUGGGGCACUACUAGAUGCAAAAUCACCCCCAGCAGUUCCAGCACCUUCACAGCAGGCUCAGGAGGACAAGCCAGCCACGACACUGCAAACUCCGAGCGUCAAACUUACUCCCGCCGAGGAAGUAAGGCACCAGGAGCAGCGCUCAGAAACGUAUUCUAUUCGACAAAUUAAUUGGAAGGAUCGGGCAGGAAAUAUCCAGCAGUCUCCUAUCCUUGUUCAAAACAACAAUGGGCCCUGUCCGCUGCUUGCGCUCAUCAAUGCCUUGGUGCUGCGUGCAGACCCAAAUAUACAGCCGCCUAUUGUAAAGGCAUUGCGAACGCGUGAACAAAUUUCGCUAGGGCUUUUGAUCGAGGCCUUAUUCGAGGAGCUGAUUACUCGCUUGGGCCCCGAUGACCAAUUUCCAGACAUUGAGGCUCUUUCUCGUUUUUUGACAAUGUUGCAUACUGGUCUGAAUGUCAACCCUCGCCUGACACUGGAAACGAAUAAUUCACUAGGUACAUUUUUACAAACCUCCGAUCUUCAACUAUACAGCACAUUCGGUGUUCCUUUGAUUCAUGGAUGGGUUGCGUCGUGGUCAAGCAUGGCUCAUUCAGCCAUGACACGCGUCGCAGAAUACCAUGAAGAUAUUCAAUUGUUGCAUUUCCGCAAGCAAGAACUCGAAGAUUGGGUGAUGCGAGGCGAAUCACUAUCUCCAGCGGAAGAACAAGAAAUGGCAGACAUACAAGCAAUUCAAAAUUUCGUCGAGGUUGAAAAUGCGACUCAGCUCAGUCCUUUUGGAUUGACACAAUUGAGUACACGGUUGGCCCCAGGCUCAGUCUCGAUUUUCUUCCGGAACGAUCAUUUCUCUACGCUCUAUAAACAUCCCGAAUCCCACCAGCUUUUCAUGCUGGUAACUGAUGCAGGCUAUGCCAACCAUGCCGAAGUGGUAUGGGAAUCUCUUGUUGAUGUGACUGGGUUCAACUCGGAGUUUCUCGCUGGCGACUUUCGCGCUGUUGGCCAUGGCCCAUCUGGAUCUGCAGGUCCAAGUGGUGCCCCCACAUCGAGUGCUCCACCAGCUGCCGAUCUUGCCCCAGCCACUGAAUUGUCAGGCAGAUUGUCCCCACAGGAACAAGCCGAUGCAGACUAUGCAUAUGCUCUUUCUCUUCAGUUCCAAGAAGAGGAGCAACGCGAGAGAACAAACAGCUCUCAAGGGAGCCUUCCAACAAGUCCCAGGAGCAACAGUCAACAUGGAAUAAACGAUCAUCCAAGAAACCCCAAUCGACAGAGAAUGCACGACCAACAGACUAGCGACAAUCACCAACGACCUUACGACCAGCUGGGGAAUAACAAUCGGCAAAGAAGUUACGACCAGCAAGCGAGCGAUAACCAACAAAGAAAUUACGACCAGCAAGGGAACAACAGCCGACAAAGGAGCAACUAUCGCAACUCGGCUCCUCUUCGUAGCCCUAAUUCGUCAAGCAUUCGCAUGAACAACCCACCAAGUCGAUCCUCCAGUACUACAAAUACCGUGGGUAUUCGUCCGGCACGCCAACCACACAGUGACCCUGAUCCCGAUGACCCUAAUGCUCCUCCCCCUCCUUACGAAGCCACGAACCGGCCACGCUAUUCGCCGCCAGCGAGGCCAUCUCCUUUCACCGAAUUUCCCAGCGAGUAUUCUUCAAAUCAAUACCCUGGCAAUCGAAACCCACGGUACAACCGAUAUUCCACACCGGCAAACAGCCAGGGUAGCAGCCGACCAGACCCCGAACGAUACAAUCCCAACCAGAGAAAUAAAGACUGCGUCAUGAUGUGA